CGUUUCGGUGGUUUCGUUUCGCACGUUUCGCUCGUUUCGCUCGUUUCGAUGGUUUCGUUUCGUUGUCUCGUGUUUUAGUACAUGCUUAUACAAACUAGUGCCAGCUUAGUUCGUGCCGCUUGAAAGCAACACGAUGAACAAUACUUAGAUUGCUGAUGAACGUGUCGAAAUGGCGUCGUAAACUUGAGCCUCUCACUCUAUUACUACAAACAACAUAAUACAAUACAAUACACUUCACAAAGCUUCUUACCAACAAUAUUAAGCUUCAAAGGCAGUUGUAAAUGUGUUUCGGAACAUGCAGAAAGAUGCGGCAAAACACCCUCAUGAUAAAAAUCACAAUCGAUAGGUUUUAAGCUUUCACCUGGCAAGCACCGUCCCGUCUCUAAUUUAUAUAAUCUCAGAGGACACGGUCACAACGCAUUUUCAUUGGGAGAAACAACAACACAUACAAUUGGUCAAAAGGUGUUAGACAUCCGACUGUGACGCUCGUGGUGUGCGACCAAGAGAGUGACAAAAAUAGUCGACUGCCAACUACAGGUUUUCAAACGAAUGCGAAGAUAGAUCAGGAAGCAGAUUGCACCCUAACCACUAUGCCAGACUAAUGGACCGCCAAGGUGAGCCUUUGAACGAAACACAAGAAAGUAAACAAGCUGAACGGGAAGAAGUGGUUGCUGCUUGGAUUGAACGACCGAUUAACCGGAUCAGGGUGCAACGAUGUCUGAGCGGAAAAAAUCUCCAGUUCGAGAAACUCCUGGAAGCGCUCGAGGUUUACCAAGAUAAGGGGAUGUAUGAGCAAUACGAUCGCCUUGUCAAGGCGAUAAUUCAGUUACAUGAGAAAAGAGGGGAUUUUAUCAAGGCUUUGGUCUUGAAGAUAAAAUCAGCAACCUACUUAUACCGAUAUGACUGGAAACACGCCAAGAGACUGCUUGCUUCGGUUAUAACAUCUGACCUUCCGGUCGAAUAUUCGGAUGUCAUAAAAGCAAGAGCCUACUGCUCACUAGCACUUGUGGCUCGUAUAAGAAGAAAAGAAAAAUACAAAACAAACCAGUUGUUGGAAUAUCUUGAACGUAGCGAACAUCUACUGCGCUUUUACGACUUGCCUGAGGAUUGGGCUGUGCUCUACCUGACCUACGGCUGCGUUUGGAUGGAUUACAUGUACAUGAGCAAUCUUCCGCUUGACAGGAGAGACGUUGUACGAGAAAAAGCGAUGGAUUACUUUCGCAGAGCCAUCUAUUACAGCGAACAAGAUCAUCGGGCGAGAGUUAAGAUGAAAAUACAAAUCCAGGCCCACUUCAAGGUUGCAAUGAUACACCUAGGUUAUUGUUCAACCUUUGCACCGGCUCAAGAAAAUCACAUUCCACUGAAAGAUAUUAAAGAAGCUGAAAACCACCUUGACAUUAUCCUGUUCAAAUUCGGUAACACUAUCCCCAUGGCUGCAAGGUUCCUUUUUAUGAAGACCCAAUCAGAUCUGUUUUAUCAUAAGGGACAAUACCAACCAGCCAAAGACAAGGCCGAGGAUGCUCUCGAGUGCGCUUCCCGCCUUGGCUUCAACACAGAGUUGAAAACCUUGCAAGAAAGAAUAGAUUUCUGUCAAAAGAAACUUGAAACAGUACGCGACCAGAUAUUGUCAGUACCGCAAGAGAUCCAAGCCCAGGGCCUUAGGGCUGAAGCUGCCUUUAAAGAAGCCAUGGAAAAAGGAAGUGUAGAAGUUUACCAUGGUC